GUAGUCGUGGAGAGCCAGCAGCAGUUUUGUUUUGAUGUCGACAUGCGGAAAGGAAACUCGGAGCGGCUGUGGACACUUUAGGAUUUGUAGAUAGAAGUGGCGUGAAGCUAUAAAUGCUCCCCCAAACGUUCCUGAGGCCAACGAGGCGGCUGUUACAGAAGAUAACAGUUGUCGUAUAAUGUACGAGUGUCGCUCAAGUGGAACUGGCGCGGAAAGGUUUUCGAUAGAUGUUCUGUCGGUGGGCCUUGCGCCGUGUUUCGGGUUGUGCGUGCUAAGUGGUUGUCAGUCGAGUGGUCGCUUUGUCGUGUCACUAAUCACAUGGCAAGCGUUGACCGCAUUGUUUACAGUCGAGUGAUCGCUUAAGCGCGAUGUCGCGAUUUGGAAUAGUUCCUGUUUUUGACGUUAAGCAGCUCGGCUCUUCUGACCACGACGCAAAGGACCGUCUUCUGACAGCGCUUCAAGAGGCUAUAAAGCAGGUGCAGAAUGUUGCAGAGCCUGCUGGCACAAAUGGUAUGACAGAAGACACUCCGGAGGCUUGCUGGUUGUGUCAGCAUCUUGACAGAGUGUUUCUCUAUGGCCUGCAGGAGCCUCAGUGGGGCUAUUGGCCGUGGGUGCGCAAGUUCACACACCCUGCCGCUCAGCAGGAAAUUGCUUCCCUGUCGGCAGUGUCCACCGACCUUGGAUAUGGCCGUGCCUGGCUCUUGGCCAGUCUGAAUGGAGGACUGUUGGAGAGCUACAUGCUCUCGUUCCGCCAGAACUUGCGGCUGCUGCGCAAGGGCUACUCACUGAACUCUCUCCUCAGGGAUCCACAAUACUUGGACCUGCUUGCCACCUUGCUUUCAGGAUUGGAACACAUCCCUUUCAGUCUGAACCAGAACAAUGCACUGUUGGAUGACACUAAUGCCUGGCCAAAGAUCAUAUCACAUCGCCAGUCUCUACUUCAUGUGGAUGAUGAUGUUGUGGUGCUACCUCAGGGAGUGUCUGUGAUGACCAUAUCGUCAACAGACAGUUCGACCAGCUCUCGUGAGGACGACUCGGGAAUCCAGAGCGUUCGUGUCUCUUGUGCCACGCUUUCUUCUCUGGCAUCACCUGCGGAAGAAGUGCACGUCCCCGAGACUUGUGAUUGUGCCGAAUGUGCUGCCUUUCUGGACCGACAGCGCAUUCAGCGGAUCAUCAACUUAGAUGUCGUUCCACCAUCAUCUGGUGACUGUAACGAGGCUGCUGAUUUAGAACUUGAGGUGACGCGAGUUGUGAUAACGCGGCGCAAAGGUGGAGGCCAGAGUGCCACGAAGCCAAGAACGUUGUCAACGUGCGGAAGUGAAGCUGUGACAUCAGUGACCUGCAAGGCGAAAAACGUCGAUGACAAGGUGUGUGCUGUGCUUAGGCAGACACUGGCUCAAGCAGAAAAGCAGGAGUUCUUGCAGGGAGCCCCGUCGAGUGAGAAAGCAAGGACUGGAUGUUUUGCUUCGUUAGCCGAGUCAACCGUUUCCAUGGUAGACUCUGGAUGUUAUGCAUUUGCGGAAGGUGACAGAGGUGCCCCAGAUGGCUGCGAAGGAGGUGCAACUGAUGAAGCUGAGCCAGAAGGCAGGACAACAGAUGACUGUGAACCGAACGAGGAAGUGUUUUCCAUUUAUGAUCAUAGUGACAAGUGUGCCUCUGACAUGACAGCCAGUGGCAUCGGUGAUGACAGUGGUUCUGCUGUACAAGGAAAGCCAGCAGAGCCUCCAAACUACGUUGAACCAGAACUGCUUGUAGAGACAAGCAAGAAAGAAGGAUUCGAUAUCAAAGUAGAGAAUAGUGCUCUUCUCUAUCUGACACUCAAGGUAUUUGAAUUGGAUGACGAGAAACUGUAUAAGAUGUUUCUGGCAUGGAAGGGCUUUGAUGGAAGAGGACUGCUGGAGCCUAUAUAUGUUCUAAUGACAAACAAAUUUCUGUACAUACUGAGGCCUGGGGCUGAGGUGAACCAGUUUGUUGUCGACUUUUCGGUGUGCCUCAGUGAAGUCAAGGUGGUCACCGUCUGGCUGAACUACCAGGGCUUCUCCCUGACUUGCAACUCUGGGAAGAAGACAGAUGUGGCUACUGGCCAUGCUGAGUUAACAAGGAAUAUUCUCUCAAGCUUGGAUCUAGCCGUUCGGAGAACUCACAAUGGUGUCAAGUGCCUUCCAUCUAUAGUGAGUCACUGCUCUGAACAGCUAGAUGCUUUGAAGAAGCUCUUGGCCCAUGAGUUGAAAGCCCAAGAGGACGGUGGGCUCGUUGUAAAGGACUACCACCUGGUGCACUGGGAGAAGUGCACCCAGUCCUCACCGGGUGAUUUCGCUUGUGGGCCCAGUGUGGGCGGUCCCCUUAUGUGGAGAUUCCUCGAAGGGAACACCAGGCGAGAGAGGAAGAAGCACUGGGAAGCUGGCUACUUCCUCUUGCGGGCUGGGGUACUGUACAGGUUCUCAAACCAAGGGGACACCAUACCUAGUGCCACUUACCUUGUCAGCGGUGUCCACUGUGGUUCUUGCCAGGCUGUUUCCAAUGUUGGCCGGCCGCAUGCCUUGCAGCUGAACCUGGCUCCUUCUGGUGGUGCCUGCCUUCAGCUCGCUGCUUCCAAUGAGGCAGAGAUGGAGCGUUGGGUUCAUGCACUCACUGAAUCCGGGCAGGCCUCCUUCUGUGGGUCUGGAUCUAUGGGUGGCAUGGUGGCCUGCUGCCUAGUGUUGGUGGGUGACCUUAUGUUGACCUUGGUCGAGGGGUCAAGAGUCUUAGGUGUUGGAGUCAUCAUCGACCUGAGUGUAGUGCGCAGUGAGAACAACUUCUGCAUUAUGGAGUUUGAUGGGGGUGAGGCUGAGAGCUGUGCUUACAACUGGAUCUUUUGGUUUGCCACUGAAGAAGAAAAGAAUGAGUUCCUCAGCCUUGUCUCCAUUUCUUGGCAAGAAAUGUUCAAGGUCCCACUCGAAGUUGCUCCUAUGUGCAGCGGCACGCUGAGGAAGCACUGCCUGGAAAGAGCCUCUCAGCUUGAAGCAAGGCUCAACGAGGCCAGGGCAUUUUGUCUUGACACUUAAGUUGCAGCCUUCGGAUGCUCACAGAAGGUUACUUGCAAGGUUUCCUAUGUUUUUUAGUUUUAUAGUUAAUAGGGAAGGAGCUUUUAAGAUGGACUUGCCCGAGUGAGAAGGAGUGCAAUGCAAGCAUUUGUUGAGAAGUAGUGCACAAGUGUGGAUGACUUACUGCUUUUUUUUGAGCCAGGUUGGUAACCUGCUUAGCAGGAUUGUGAUAUAAUCUAUUUCGUGAUGAUUUGCUAUUAGUGGGAGCAUUGCACAGAUGGCGAGGGACAGAAAUGUUACUAUGUUGUCUCUUCUCUCAAUCUAUUCCCUAUUUUCUGUGCACUGCUGAUGUCAGUGACAAAUCUGUACAAGGAAGAACUUGUGUUCUUCAUUUCCACUUUUUACUUCUGUGUAGCUUUUACUUCUGUGUGUGUGUGUGUGUGGACAGCUGCUUAAUCACUGUGCGUGCAGUCUAGGGGCACAAUUGAUAUAGAGCACCCUGGUGGCUCGUAGAAUGAAUGGUAGCAUUAACCUUUAAGGGCCAUAUGAGAGAGGCUUCUGAUUCACGUCACCUUGAGGAAGUGUAAACUGGAGAGUAUGGUCCUGUUUUCUUUGAUUCUUUGCUGUGGACAGUGUUUGCUCUAAAUACUGCUUUGGCUACUGCUAGGGAGCAGGACUGUUUAAGCAUGAGCUGAUACUGGUUAAGCAUGACAUAGUGCUAGUGAGCAGGAUGCACAAAUGCCUAAUGUUUCACAAAGCCUUCAUCUUGCUUGACUGUGAUAGGCACGUUUGAUUCCAAUGUAGGUUUGGUGCUUGAUAACGGUGCCUCUACGAGAUUAUUUCAGGUCAGCACUUCUGUUGUUCUUGCAAUGUGUGUGAGCUGCUGCAAACAGGUGGAGUCACAAACUAAUUGCGUAACUGUUUGCGUAAUUAAUUGCGUAACGUAGCAACAAAAACAAUGUUGAGACAUAGAACAAGCCAGACUGCUGCUAUCAUUUGCACAACUGUCAUCCAGUCUGUUUGUUCUUACCUUUCUUUUUUUACAAGCUUUAUGUAGCAAAGAUGGUAUGUGGCUGCUCUGUCAGUCUAGUACUCCUUAUUACACUUUUUCAUUAUUAUUCUACCGUUAUGUGAACAUAAUUAGAUGCAAGUUAGUAGCAGGCUAGAGUCAUGGCACUUAGGCCAGCCUCUCCACUUUAUUUUAUUAAUGUUCCUCUCUCCAGAUGCCACCGUAUACACUCGUGUAAGGGCCGCACUUAUUUUCCGCGGUUUUGAUGAGGUGCGGCCCUUCCAUGGAAGUGUGAAAUAUUUUUUCAAUUUUGGAUCCACCUAAAAACCUAUCUAAUUGUGCCAUAUAUACUUAACGAUGGGAUAUCUGGCGUCUAGCUGCAGACAUCGUCGUUAGACGUCUUCAUCGGUAUCGCUGCUCGGGCUCGGCUCGUCAUCACUGCUCGGGUCAUCUGCACGUUCAUGUAUCCAGUCGUCCUCAGUGCCGUCCAUGGCAUUGGAAAUCCCGGUGACCUUAAAACUUUUUAUAAUAAUAUCCGCAGACACCACAUGUUGUGCUAUUUGCAGUCAUCAAAAUGAAUUGCGGCACAAAGAAUCAAUGGCGCUGGCGAGAAAAGCGACAAGAUCUCCCAGAUAGUGCUGCACGCCCGAAGCUCACAGAUAGCGCGGCGUGACGAAGCCGCAAGACAGCUAUUGCCAUCUGGUGGCUCCUGCGAAAUGCGCCGUACGCGGUACGUGACGACGCUGCCAUUUGCUGGCGAGAUUGUUUUUUUUUUUUAAUUUGGACUGCCAAGUUGGAAGGAGCGGCCCUUACAUGUGCGCGGCCCUUAGUUGAGUGUAUACGGUAGUUCAUCAAUGGAGGUGCAAGAAGUUGCGGCUGUGGAUGCAAGUUUGGGCUCUUUUAAUAGUGACCAAUGAACAUUGGCAUGCUUAAAGUGCAAUUCUGUUUGUGUAGCUAUUGCCAGCUCAUUGAAGGGGGCCCUGUAUAGGCAUCGUUUGUGUGCGUUUGAUGAACGAGUCCAACCGCAUGAUGCAAGAUACAGUGAAGCCAAAGAAAAUGGAGGAGCAUAAACGUAAAA